ACCUAGUUAAAUUUUAAAGUAUCCUAAGAGAUAUGGCGACAGUAGUAAAUGUAGCCUUGCGUGUGUUGUCAUGGAUUGUGACAUUCAUGUUUCUCAUGGCCAGCCUUGUCAAAGUCUGCCCAUUCAUUGGGCAGCACGCGGAGAUGGCCAAGGAAUUUGUGAAGCUCGCUGAAGUAUGCCCCACUGCCUGGUUUGGUUACGUCCCUCCUUCUUACGUCUACAUGGUGACCGUUGGAGCCUGGGAAUUAUUUUGUGUCAUCGGACUGUUUACGACGGGACUCCGGAAAACGUGCUACGGAAUACUGAGCGUAAUAAUGAUCGGAGCUAUGUACUCUCACAUCGCACUCAAUGAUUACAAGGGAUUACCGCCAUCAGUGUUUUUAUUAGUGGCGUGUUCUAUAUUGUUUUUAUCUACUUCAUCCCAGCCAGAGAAAUUGAAAGCAAAUUAAGAAUGACCAUCUGAAGAAGAAGAUGUUGUAUAGUGACUUGUAAGUAAAAACAUGUAGAAGAUUGAUACUAGCUGCUACAUUCGACAUAAACCGUCUGAUGAAAAUAAUGUCGAUGUUUGACUAGUAGUGUAUCUAUAUAUAUGACAAAUACUCAACUGAAGUGUAUAGGACUGUGCAUAUCCUUAAAAGAAAGGUUUCUUGCAUAUUUUAGCGAAGAUAGAAUAGUUUACCCAACAUUAAAGGUGUAAAAUGAAUACAAAAUAAAAUUAUUUUUACA